UAGUCGGCAUACUGGCCCAAGGCGUGCACGCUGGCCCCGCCGCGCGCGCCCGCGCCCCCGACGCAGGCCGCGCGCCCGCACAGACCCGCCCGCCUGCUACCCCGGCAGCAGGUGGAGGCUGAGGAAGGGCAGCGAUGGCCGGUCCCUCUGGAGCCCGCGCUGCCGCCGAGGCGGCCCGCGGCGCUCUCUUGGCGGCGCAUGCUGCCAGCGGGCUCGCGGCGUGCCACUCCCGGUCGGGAGUGCGCAUGCUGCGUGCCGCCGAGGGGCUGCUCCGGGCAGCGAUCGUGGAGCUCGGCACGAAGGCAGCGCCCUCCCCGCCGGAGCCGGCGGCCGCGGCGCUCCCUCGGAGGCGCCACCGGCCGCGCGGCCGCGCGGGGCGCGGCGCCGGGCCCUCGCCUGCCGUGCCGGGCGCCCACGGCGACGACGCGGGGGAACAGCAGGAUGGAGGAGCUGGCGGCGCAACAGCGGCGACUACACGGGCUCGGCGGCUUCGGCGCCCGGCACGGCCUGGCCAGGCGUCGUCGGCGACGGUAGUGCCCGCUUCUCGGGGAGGUGCUCGUCCUGGUGGAGUUGGGGCGGCGGCGGAGGCUGGCGUGGGGGACCCCGAAGCUGGAGCUGCGGCUGGUGCAGCCGCGGCGGCCGCGCCGCCCGACGGCGACCCCAUGGACAACUCCUGGGCCGACGGCCUGCAGCGGUCGACGGCGCAGGCUGCGGCGGCCCGUCGGCGGGCCGCGGGCGCUGGCGACGUGGUGGUCUUGCGACGCUGCGGCCUCUUUGAGGGCACGGUGGGGCGGAUCGACGCGGUCGACGGGGACACGGCCAGCGUUCGCAUCCUCAAGGCGGACGCGGAGGAGGCGGGUCUCCUCACGGGGGUGCGGCUCGACUUCAUGGAGCUCGUCGCCGGCGGCGGGGGGGCUGUGUAGCGCCUGUCGCUCUCUGCGCUCGUCCGGCGGCCUGCGUUUGUGUCGAGGGCGAGCACUCGGCGGACCGGGGCUGAGGCUUCGGCGCGGCGGCCGCGGCCGCGGGGCGGCUCCUGUGCAGCGCACGUUGCCCGCUGAGGGGGGAUCAUCAU